GACGCGAAACGUCUAAAAUGAAUCUGAUACUGAAAGCAGAAACAAGCCGGAAGCUUACCGUGUGCUGCUACUCCUUUUCGUCGAGGUUUGAAUUCCAGAAAGUUUGAAACUGGUCGUCGAACAUUAUCGGCUUCUGCAAAAAGGCGAAACCUUUGAGUUACAUUUCGUUGGUUGAGAGAGUGGUGUUGCUACCCAUUCAAGGUCGAGUUACGCUCAGAUCAUUCGAGAAGAAUGAGGAGAAGACCAGGAAUUGGGGGUUUGCAGACGGCCGCGGCUGCUAGGGAUCAAUAUCGAUUGCUUGGAGAAAAUGUGACCAAGCUCAGAACCGACAUCAUGAAAGAACAGCUCACUACAUUUCGAACCCAAUUAGAAGAAUUUGCUCGCAAGCAUAAGAAUGACAUUCGUAAAAAUCCUGCAUUCAGAUCACAGUUUCAUGAGAUGUGUGCUAAAGUUGGAGUAGAUCCCCUUGCCUCAAACAAGGGUUUCUGGGCUGAGCUACUCGGGAUUGGUGACUUCUACUAUGAGUUAGGGGUACAAAUUGUUGACAUUUGCUUGGAAACAAGAUCUGAAAAUGGAGGUUUGAUCAACUUGCAGGAACUCUGCAGUCGUCUUCGUCAAAGGCGAAAGGCUGCUCGUGAAUCUGUCUCUGAGGAUGAUUGUUUGCGUGCUAUUAAUAAGCUGAAGGUACUGGGUGGUGGUUAUGAGGUUAUUUCGGUUGGAAAGAAAAAGCUUGUGCGCUCUGUUCCUACUGAAUUGAACAAAGACCAUAAUGAAAUUUUGGAACUCGCCCAGGCUCAAGGUUACGUGACUGUGGAAGAGGUAGAGAGGCAGCUUUCCUGGUCAUCUGGCCGUGUUACUGACUGCCUUGAAACUCUCCUGAAAGAGGGGCUUGCAAUGAUUGAUGACGGCCACAAAGAUCGUAAGCGACGCUACUGGUUUCCGUGUGUAUCAUCCAUUCAUACAUCUGUAGGUGCUGAGGCUGUUAAAAGUUGAUUUUCUUAUUAUGUUAACCUCUGUGAUUGUAAAUUGGAAAUGUUAAUCUCUUGAAAUCAUUUCUGCCACUGAUUUUGAUAGAAAAUAAUGAUCUGUUGCAAUCAACAACCUCUACGGUUCAAAACUUCAAAUA